AUGGCAAAUGACGCACCGACUACCAUCCCCGUUGUCCGGCAUGGGGAAUCCGCAGAUUCCCCCGGCGAUUGGGUUGAGCUCGUCCUUCGCCUUCCUUGGCCCGUUGCCCGCCGGAGUCAAAUGAUUUUGAGCCCAACUCUGCAAACCCUCUACCAGGAGGAGAUGGUCCGCGAGCCGACCCUCCGCGAAACAAUCCACUGGGGUGGAGAGGAGUUCUUUCAAGCAAUCGGGGAAUCUAUCCGGAGAGUGGAAGCGUUGUUUAUUUUCAUGACUGGCGUUCGACCUAACGUCCAGUGCGACUAUUGCCUCCAAGGAUAUGGAGUCUUUCCCGUUUGUAUCGUGAACCACCAGCCCGGCGUACCAAACGACUGCGCAAACUGCUGGUGGGCCGGUUCGAACGGACACCAGCAGUGUUCGUUCAACUACCCUGUGGUCAACCCGUUCGCAGUACGAGUCAUCCCCAACCGAGGGCUGUCGAACAUGACACCCGCUAUGCGUGGCGACUUCGAUCGUCUUUUACGACCCGUUCGAACUGCUACUGCCGCCCUCGCUGAGCAAGCCGAGGAUGGUACCCUGCCGCAGGCCCACCGGGACAACAUCCGAGCGUUGAAGGCUGCUGUUGACUCCCUUGUGGCCCGCUUCGGCGGCCACUAG